AGUAAAUAUUCUAAGUAGUUGAUAUUACAUUUCAGUGGUAGGUCUCAGCUGACUUAUUUAAGAAGCAUGAGAGAUGCAGACAAAUCCAGAUUCAGAUUAUUGGAGGCGCAGUGAAACCACAGUUGAUUAAAAAAUGUCCUUUGAUCAUGUUCACUAUUUAAAUGCCAGUUUUUGUACUUCUACUAGUGUAUAUUUUCCUUUUUCAGGGCAUCUUUAUUUCCAGAGUGUCGAAAGGAGGGCCAUCAGAAAAGGCGGGGGUCCACAUUGGAGACAGAGUACUGGAGGUCAAUGGCCUGGACAUGCAGCAGGUCAGCCACCAUGAGGCUGUCACUGUCCUGAGGAAUGCUGGGAGCUGCAUCAAGAUGAAAGUCAUGAGGGAGAGGACUAUCCCGCGCCUCCAUGCCUGCCGGGCCCAGCAGGAAAGCACUGUUGCCGUCACCGCGGAGACGGACAUUCUCAUGAGCUGGCAGCUUGUUGACCUGGAGGAUGGACGCCAGCGACCCAAGGCCAAGCAGCCAGGUUCGGAGCCCUCUGUGGAUUGUGACCUGACCAAGAGGAUUGCGGCUGGAAUCUGUAACGGUAAUGGAGGGUCUGAUCUGCAGAGCGAUCUUAAUUGGUCCUUCUUAAAACGAGAACCGGAGGUCUCGUUUAAAAGCAAUGCACUUCAAGUGGUGAAAAAUACCAUGACGAUACCUCGGAUUAUCCUCACCCACCCCUCCACCUCAGACGAGGAUGUAGAGCCCUUGACACAGGACCCUGGCAGUGAGCCAUUCGAGGACUUUGAAGAUCCUGACAGCCACAUCCACUCUGAGUGCUUUAACAGUGCGCUCUAUCCCCCCUGACCACAUGACUAAAGUUUGCAAUGUUGAAAACAACUGACUUGUUAUACACAAUCCACUGGGCACAGAUGUUCAACGUGUAGUUUUGAUUUACAUUUGGUUGAGUUGUAAAAUCAACAAAAAUGUCACCAUGUCAUUGGAUUUAGGUUAAAAGUUGGGUGAAAAAAAUAAGAAAUUCCCUUACGUUGAUGACUUUUUCCAAUCAGUUUUCCACAUUGAUUGAACGUCAACAUAUUACAUUUUUUUGGUUGAAAUGAUGUGAGAACUGUCUUUCUCCUGUCUUUUGUAUAGAUUGACUUGUUUAAAAAAUGAUAUUCCAGCUAAAGAUUUGUUUACAUGAUUAAGAAACUAGUAAAAAUGUCCUUGCACUGCUAUUUUGGGAUGAUUUACACCACUGUUUUGUUGAAUUAAUGUUGAUGGCUGCUACAGUAAAUGUUAAGACCAUGGCAGGAAUUAACUCAUUAACUUGUGCCAAAACUCUUUGUUUUGGCACAACAAUAGACUUGUUUUGCAUUGCAUCAGCCAUGUGGGAGACCAACCACAAUGAAUCAAGACAAAAAUAGUACUGUUAAACUCCAGCUUCUCUGUCUCUGAAAGGGAGAUUCACAAAACAAAGGAUAGUCAUUUAGAGGAAAAAUAUCUGUACGACACUUAAAAUCUGUUGUGCACUUUCAAUUUAGAGGUUUGUGUUCAGUUGGGCAAAGUGUUAUUCUUCUAGCUACCUCUACCAAUGAGCCACUGAAGCAGAUGUUUUGGCAAAUGUUAUGCCCCCCUAGCCACGAGAGAGAGAUGUCCUUUUACUCUCCCCAAUAGGAGCUUAGAUAAAAUGUCACAUGCCUGGAGUGACUAUACAGUGGGUGUGUCCUUGCCGAGGCUCUGGAGACAGUCUGAACCCUGACCCCCUUCUCCUAACACCUGCAACCCAAUGCUUUCUUUUCACCUGGUGGAAAUAUUUCUAAUGUAUGAAAGGCCAGUCAGUCUAAUGUCAUAACCUCUUAAUACUUCUAUACUGGUCUGAGUCACUCGGAAAGGAGUAUUUCAUGUCGUAGUUGUAGUGAUGUCUUCAAAUGUACUUUGAAUUAAGAGAGUGUGAUGUUGCGAAACAGAUAGCAAAUCAAUUGAUUUCACACUUCUCAGGUUUGAUGCCUCACCAAUGCCUUUGGUAUUCUCACCACCGUGUGUACACGAUGGCCACUUCUAAUGUUAUUUCAAAAAAAUUGUGUAUGAAGACUCUCGCCUGAGAGAAUAUUCUUGCUUACUCUUCAGUCCACGCUGAAAAGCACCAAUGUUCAGGUUAUGAUAUGUCAGUUGCGACAAAUCAUUCUAGGCAGCAAAGCAAUAAACCUCAGUAUUCCUUUAACAUUAUUCCAUCAAGUCUCUGCUGUCGCUGAAAGGUAACAUUGGUAUACCAGCAGAGGAGAGGCUUAUUGUGGCGAUAAUGAAAGAUUUAUGUUGUGCCCACAUUUUCUGCAAGAAUCUUAGCCAGAGUUUUUAGUUAUGCAUUGCCUCUGAAUAAACAUACAUUGUUUACUGAUUCUAAUCUGUGUAAAAUCAAAGAAAGAAUUGUACUUAACUGGUUACCUGCUACUGUACUAGAAUAUGGAACACUUUAGACCUCACUUUCCUUGUAAGAUAUUAUUUUAUUUUGAUGUUCAUUCUCACCAUUCUUAUAUUGCCAAAUACUUAAUU